GUAAGUGUUGUUAUAACUGAUCAUGGUUUGACCUAUAAAAGUGCAUAAAAAGUGUUCAGAAUAGAAACUGGCAAAAAUUAGGCACCUAGCAAUGUCAACUAUGAUUUUUAUGAUUACUUCAGUUAAUUUAUUAAUAUUUGUUUUUUCUACUGCCUUUCAGCAUUGGUCUUCAAUGGAAACACAAGCUGGAUGAUUAUUUCCAGAAUUGGAUCAAGUGAUUAUAAACCCUUAUGUCUCCAGAAACAAUUAAAAUCCAGUCAAUGUUAACACACACAGUUUUGCUUUGAAGAGUCUUCAUUUUGUUUUCUAUAUAAGCACACUAUACAAGUCCCAGAUUUUGUUUAGUUCUCCAGUUAAACAAAUAUACUUGGUUAAGAAUUUUCCAUUCUCCAAAGGAUUGGCAAGCUUUCCAAUGUUGGAAGAGUACAAAUAUAAUUUUGUCUAUGCCUGUCAAUAUGCUGGAUCUGAUCAAGUCACAGAUGGAGAGGCAGUCACUGAAAGUGUCAAGGGAAUUAUGGGUCUAUGGGCAUUUUGUUUCCAUAUAGUUCUCAGUGAAGAGCAUUCUAGAGGGUUAGUGUCCCGGCUAAGUCCAAGCCUCCCAUUUCUUUUUCAGUACAAUAGCCUGAGUUUCCUUCUACAUGGAGACACCACACAUUUUGGAAACAGACCUCUUGUGAAAGCCAUCACACAUAGACACACAUGCAAAGUUUGUCUAUCAUAACACGCUAGACUGCAGAAAAACCUUUUAGAAAUCAUUUUAUUACUUUUAGAAGGCAUAAAGCCCUUAAUUUCAUAGUGAAAGACUGAGAGUGACUUUCCAGUAGCAGAAUUGAUAGUUAACAUUAGAGGACUGAUGUUUUGUUGCAAGAAAGAAAGGAAAAAAAAAAAGAAAAACCCUGAUGUAUUGUUCUCCAUCAUCUCCUCCCAAAGAGCUACUCGACCUAUGAAACAAACAAAUCUCAUCAUGGGCACAGAUAACCCCAGGCUUCAGUCUGUAAUCUGACUGUGGCCAUCAGCAACCAGAAAUGAGUUUUUUCUAAUCAGCUCUCCAUCAGUCCCCAGUCCCUCAUAUAAAGGAACACAGGGAGGGAGGAAGCACACUGCUCUUCAGCACCAGGGUUCUGGACAGCGCCCCGAGCAGGCGGCUGUCACUGGCCUCUUCCUCCUCCAUCUCUGCCAAGGCUACCCCUCUGAUCUCCCCUGCUGCUGAGAAAGAAAAUUACAUCGGGAUCCAUGCAGCCGGCAAUGAUGAUGUUUUCCAGUAAAUACUGGGCCAGGAGAGGGUUGUCCCUGGAUUCAGCAGUGCCCGAAGAGCAUCAGCUAGUUGGCAGCCUAACUGCUUCGACUUUCUUGAAGCUAAAUAAAGCUAAUGCUGGCAAAAAUGAGGACAAGAAAGGAAGCAAAGAGAGCAGCAGCAGCGACACUACAGAGAGUGGCAAGACAGCAGUUGUGUUCUCUCUGAAGAAUGAAGUUGGCGGGCUGGUGAAAGCACUGAGACUCUUUCAGGAAAAACAUGUCAACAUGGUUCACAUCGAAUCCAGGAGAUCCCGGCGAAGAAGUUCUGAAGUUGAGAUCUUCGUGGACUGUGAAUGUGGCAAGACAGAAUUCAACGAGCUCAUCCAGUUGCUUAAAUUUCAGACCAGCAUUGUGACGCUGAAUCCGCCCGAGAACAUUUGGACAGAGGAAGAAGAACUGGAGGAUGUGCUGUGGUUCCCUCGGAAGAUCUCUGAGUUAGACAGGUGCUCUCACAGAGUUCUCAUGUAUGGCACCGAGCUUGAUGCUGACCACCCAGGAUUUAAGGACAAUGUCUAUCGACAGAGGAGGAAGUAUUUUGUGGACGUAGCCAUGGGUUAUAAAUACGGCCAGCCCAUUCCCAGGGUGGAGUACACAGAAGAAGAAACUAAAACUUGGGGCAUUGUGUUCCGGGAGCUCUCUAAACUCUACCCUACCCAUGCUUGCCGAGAGUACCUGAAGAACUUCCCCCUGCUGACCAAGUACUGUGGCUAUCGGGAAGACAACGUGCCUCAACUGGAAGAUGUCUCCAUGUUCCUGAAAGAGCGGUCUGGCUUCACAGUGAGACCAGUGGCUGGCUACCUGAGCCCAAGAGACUUCCUGGCUGGCCUGGCCUAUAGAGUAUUCCACUGUACUCAGUAUGUGAGGCAUGGCUCUGAUCCCCUCUACACCCCAGAACCAGAUACAUGCCAUGAACUCUUGGGACACGUUCCACUGCUUGCAGAUCCUAAAUUUGCUCAAUUUUCACAAGAAAUAGGCUUAGCGUCUCUGGGAGCAUCAGAUGAUGAUGUUCAGAAACUAGCCACGUGUUAUUUCUUCACAAUCGAGUUUGGCCUUUGCAAGCAAGAAGGUCAACUGCGGGCGUAUGGAGCGGGGCUCCUUUCCUCAAUUGGAGAACUGAAGCAUGCGCUUUCUGACAAGGCGUGCAUAAAAGCCUUUGACCCAAAGACAACCUGCUUGCAGGAAUGCCUCAUCACCACAUUCCAAGAUGUCUAUUUUGUUUCAGAAAGUUUUGAAGAAGCCAAAGAAAAGAUGAGGGACUUUGCAAAGUCAAUUACCCGUCCCUUCUCAGUAUACUUCAACCCCUACACACAGAGCAUCGAAAUUCUGAAAGACACCAGAAGCAUUGAAAAUGUGGUGCAGGACCUUCGCAGUGAUCUGAACACUGUGUGUGAUGCCCUGAAUAAAAUGAACCAAUAUCUGGGGAUUUGAUACCUAGAGCCAGUGUUGUCAGCAUGAGCUUUUGGGGGCUUAUCAACCAUUCAGUCAUUGUUAUCCAACAUCAGUAACUUUCUGUGUCAGGGUUGUCUAGUAAGCAUGCCAAUCUGUAUGUCUAUGCCUCUGUGUAACUUACCGUGUUAAUAUACAAAAAUACUCUUAAGGAACCCAUGCAGAUAACCAUUCAUCAUUUGAAAGAUUGUGAUAUAGUUAAAAUGUCUCAAAUAGAUUUGACAUUUCCAUUUAGUGGACAACUGCAACUUAAACAAACUGUGUCUUUAAAAUUUGUAGCGGACAUUCCUCUCACCAUUCUAGUUGUUAACCUUUUCCUCCUUGGACCUGUGACUUUCCUCUGUGUUCAUUAGAUAAAAUGAAAAUAGUCACGAAGUAGUUAGUGUCUAUUUUGAAUAGUAUCGGUGUUAUUUGAGACAACUAGAGUUGCUCCUCCAAGCUGCUCAUCACAGCCACAAAAGAUUUUAGUAUUCUACUUGAGGGAGCUGUUCAGAAACAUGGUGGUUGACAUGAUUUUGGAGUGAGUGUUCACCCCAUGCAAGAAAAGAAAGCUUCUUAUGAACAGGAUGUAUAGGAGGCACUGACCUUGUAGAAACUGAUGUGUGGCAAGUUUCCUGAAGUGUUUUGGAAGGAAACACUUCAAGGUUAUUUGGAAAGCUUAAGCAGAAGGGGGAAAGCAUCUUGGGACUGUGAAUGUAUUGUUGGAAUAAAAUGAGUUAUUAUCUUG